GCGACUCGGCCCAGCCAUGGCGAUGUUACCCUAGGAGAAAAUUUGCUGGAGCAACUGAGCGACUCAAAUUGGCUCACCUGGACACUUCCUAAGAGACAUUCAUCAGUGUGGCGUGCGGACUAGGAUAAGUAUAUAAAACUUCCGCUGUACUAGGAAUCGUUACUUCUUUGUAGGAGUUGGCGCGGUUUCUGACAGCUAGUCGGCAGCGGAUAUCUCUGCUUGAGUUUCUGACACGCCUCUCCGUUGUCCAGUCGAGUCGAAGACGUUCAUUUUCGUUUCCAAAUUCCGUAGUCUUCUCCGAAGACUGUUCCUGAUGUCGCCUUAUCAAUAAACGCUUGCUCGCCGCUCAUCGCUCGUAUCGCGAUAUAUGGUAUUGCGAUAGUAACGCGAUAAUUAUGCACCAGUAACGCGACAGUAUUGUGAUAGUAUCGCGAGAGUUAUGGAGCUAGAAAACGAGCCACUGUAGCAAACUUUGAUGGCGCGGGCGAAUUAAAAUCGGAGUAGCCGUCACUUUCGCCGUGUCAUGCUUCUGAGCCAGCUCGAACAACGUUGAACAGAGCUGCAAUAAGACGAGAAGCUCCAGCAGUUUUCAGGCGUUUCAAGAAGCAUAGUGCAUGCUUCCGAGCUGGUUCAAAAGGAGCAGCAAUGAGGACGGUGAGCCAGUCUAAGCAUAUGAGAUGCUUCUGAGCUCGCUCGAACAGAGCAGCAACGACACGUAGAGGCGCUUCCCGAAAGCAUAGUGCAUGCCUCCGAGCUGGGCCGGACGGAGCAGCAUUGGCGAUGGGGGAACGAAGGAGAUUCUUCUGCACCCGGCUUGAAAUGAGCAGCAAUGAGACAGGAUUUAAGGCGCCUCCGAAAGCAUAGUGCAUGCUUCUGAGCUGGCCUGAAGGGCCACCAAUGGCGAUGGUGGGAAAUUCGGGCGGAUUGGAACCACCGGAAGUGCGGAGCGGGGGAGAGGGUAGGCGAGACGAAGGGAGAGAGAGUAGAGGAGAGGAGGGAAGCGGUAACAGGGGAGAAGUGAGAGAGGAGGAUAGGAGACAGGGAUUAGGUGACGAUAGCAGAUAUGGGGAGGUGGAGAGUGGAGGAGAGCGCGGGAGAGAUAGAGCAAGUAGGGAAGGGGAGAUAAGAGGAGAGGAGGGAUUGGGGAGCCGGGAAGAGCGAGAGGAGGAUAGGAGACAGGGAUUAGGUGACGAUAUCAGGUAUGGGGAGACGGAGAGUGGAGGAGGGCGCGCGGGAGAUAGAGCAAGAGGGGAGAUUAGAGGAGAGGAGGGAGGGAGGGAUAGAGGAGAAGAGGUAGGUAGCCCGUUUCAUAGUAAUCAGCUGCAGCAACAGCAGCAGGAACAGGAGAACCCGCAGCAGCAGCAGCAGCAGCAGCAGCAAGAGCCAAUAUCCACGGGAAGAGCAUUGGCGGGAGGGGUGGGGGCGGCAGUGCAGGCGUGUGGAGGCCACGUGGCUGCCGCCUUGCACAGCCAGGAGAGGCUAGACGCGGCUCUGGGGCGACUGGCAGCAGAGCUGGACGGCAUACUAGAGGGCCUGCCCAUGCCGGUGAUGCCACCAUGCACCACUCGCAUCGCUGCCAUGCAGAGGAGAGUGCACGCGCUCAACUCCUCUCUUUCUCGAAUACAUACCCGCAUCGAGACAAUGAAGAGGCACCUCCGCUUCCGCAACGUGUGCGGGGAACAGCACUCAGAUGGGACAAAUGAUGCCGCCCAGGAACAGCAGCAGCAUCAGCAUCAUCAUGGCCUGCCUUUACUGCCCGCUCUUACAUCUCUCACCCAAUCGACAGUCUUCAUGCCAUCACAGCAUAACUCUUCAUCCAAUACCGCUCCCCUCCCACCAGUCGAAUCACCAUCUACAAGGGAACCCUCUCCCCCUCUCCCUCCCAUCCUUUCUCCUCGUGCCAUUUCUCCCCCUUCUCGGUCACGGAGAGUGACACAGUAGACGCAAAAAAGUUACCUUUUAUCCCAUUCAGCUUUCACCGCUUAUCACAAACGUGCGAAGAAGACUGCAUGGCAAGGCCAAAUUCCUACGUUAAUAUGAUGUACCCUUCACUUGAAAGUGCAGAGGUACAGAUUACUCUUUAGUUUGUGGAUGUGUUCUAUGAGGAUAAGUGCUUUAAAGUGUGCGUAAUCCUGCUGUUUAUUUGUACAUACUGUUUAUGAUGCCUCCCAGCAACAACAGCAGCAGCAGCAUCAGCAUCAUCAUGGCCUGCCUUUACUGCCCACUCUUGCAUGUGUGCCCCACACCACUCACAUGUAUGCUUCACAUCUCUCAUGUAUGCUUCACAUCCCUCAUGUAUGCUUCACAUCUCUCAUGUAUGCGUCACAUCUCUCAUGCCUCACAUCACACAUCCAUACUGCACACCUCACAUGUAUGCCCCACAUCUCUCAUGUAUGCCCCACAUCUCUCAUGUAUGCCCCACAUCUCUCAUGUAUGCCCCACAUCUCUCAUGUAUGCCCCACAUCUCACAGGUAUGCCCCACAUCUCACAGGUAUGCCCCACAUCUCACAGGUAUGCCCCACAUCUCACAGGUAUGCCCCACAUCUCACAGGUAUACCCCACAUCUUGCAUGCCUAUCACAUGCGUGAGGUCAUGUCUCUACCACAUCCAUUUCAGUCUAUGUUUCAGUCUGCCCUUUCAUCGCCCUCUCCGUAAACCCUCUUCUUGCUUUUCACUCCCCACACCUCUCCCUGCUGCUGCCUCGUUUCCCCAUCUGCAUAUCUUCCCCCUCACAUUGGCGGUUGCUCAUAACCCUUGCUCUACCCCUUUCUUCCCCUCCACGCGCGAUCCCCUCUCAGCUCUCGCCCAAUCAGCAGUCUUCAUGUCAUCACAUCAUAACUCUUCAUCCAAUGCCACUCCCUCCCCUCCCACCCAUCGAAUCACCAUCUACAAGGGAGCCCUCUCCCCCUCUUCCUCCCAUCCUCUCUUCUCGUGCCAUUUCCCCGCCUUCUCGGUCAAGGAGGGUGACACAGUAGACGCGGAAAGUUGCAAAAGAUUCCAUCCGACUUCCACCUUUUGUAACAAUUGCGCCGUGAAUGCUAAUUGGCACUGCGACCGACCGCCCCACGCCUUCAGGAACUUCCCUUCACUUCGAAUGUAAUGCAAAAGGAGAUCCAAGUCCUGCUACAUCAAAAUGUGUUGUUAUUUGUACAUAACUACUGUUUUGUGCAUGUAUUUUUAGGGGUAAACGUACCUCUAAAAGUCUUACGGAAUACAUGCUCAAGGCACACUCUGGGAAGAGCACGGCCAUCACGGCGCAUCCACGUGUACGGAGCUGCUGACUGGAUUUGCCUGAGUGGCCGCCGUGCUGAUUUUCCCUGGCGAAGACUCGUCGUGGGGUGGGGAUUUUCCCCCAUCAUUUCCUCCUGCUCGUGUCGAAUCAGCUUCGUCGAAGUUGAUUUUUCCUGAAUUAUGCGGCCGCUUUCGGAUC